AUGGGAGUGGUUCUGUCCAACUGGGGGCUGUCCGUGUCUGAGCCGAGCCGAGCCAGGCUGAGAGAGCCGCAGCACCGAACCCCGAGGCUGGAUUAUUACCGCUCUGGUACCAGGUUCUGCCGGUCCGGACCACCCGAACCUCAGUCCGCCCAGACCGGAACCGCGCGGCUGAGAGCUUCUGGGUUUGGGCCAGAGUUUAACCCUCAACCUGUGUUGAUUGGAGCCACGCUGAGGAGGUCAGCACUGCAGUGCAUGCUGGGCUGGAGAACAGACGGGCAGAUUGAGCUUCUGCCUGGGACCAAUGAGAGCAGCGAGAUCCGGGUCCAGCUGGACGACUGGACAGUGUCCUCCGGGUUUCCUGACAGACUCAGGAUGAGGAAACAAUCCAGUAACUCUCUUCACCUCCAGCAGCUGGACGAGCGAGUCGCUCUCUCUCUGAGUGUGUGUGUGUGUCCUUCCUGUCUGAAGCGGCUGCAGCUCUUUUGCUCCCCGUCCAGUCGCGUCGCUCUCCAUCGUUCUCCGUCGUGUUGCUCUCCAAUGCUCUCAUCGCUCUCCGUCGCGUCUCUCUCGCUCUCCAUCGCGUCGCUCUCCGUCCCGUCUCUCUCCAUCCCGUCUCUCUCCAUCCCGUCUCUCUCCAUCCCGUCGCUCUCCAUCCCGUCUCUCUCCAUCCCGUCUCUCUCCAUCCCGUCGCUCUCCGUCGCGCCGCUCUCAUCCCGUCGCUCUCCGUCGCGUCGCUCUCCGUCGCGUCGCUCUCCAUCGCUCUCCAUCGCGUCGCUCUCCAUCAGGUUGCUCUCCAACGCUCUCCGUCGCGUCGCUCUCCGUCGCGUCGCUCUCCGUCGCGUCGCUCUCCGUCGCUCUCCAUCCCGUCGCUCUCCAACGCUCUCCAUCGCGUCGCUCUCCAACGCUCUCCAUCCCGUCUCUCUCCAUCCCGUCGCUCUCCAACGCUCUCCAUCGCGUCGCUCUCCAACGCUCUCCAUCCCGUCUCUCUCCAUCGCGUCGCUCUCCAACGCUCUCCAUCGCGUCGCUCUCCGUCGCGUCGCUCUCCGUCGCGUCGCUCUCCAUCCCGUUGCUCUCCAACGCUCUCCGUCGCGUCGCUCUCCGUCGCGUCGCUCUCCGUCGCGUCGCUCUCCGUCGCGUCGCUCUCCGUCGCUCUCCAUCGCGUCGCUCUCCAACGCUCUCCAUCCCGUCUCUCUCCAUCGCGUCGCUCUCCAUCCCGUCUCUCUCCAUCGCGUCGCUCUCCAUCCCGUCGCUCUCCAUCCCGUCGCUCUCCAUCGCGUCGCUCUCCCUCGCGUCGCUCUCCAACACUCUCCAUCACGUCGCUCUCCAACGCUCUCCAUCCCGUCGCUCUCCAUCGCGUCGCUCUCCAUCCCGUCUCUCUCCAUCGCGUCGCUCUCCAUCCCGUCGCUCUCCAUCGCGUCGCUCUCCCUCGCGUCGCUCUCCAACACUCUCCAUCACGUCGCUCUCCAACACUCUCCAUCCCGUCGCUCUCCAUCGCGUCGCUCUCCCUCGCGUCGCUCUCCAACACUCUCCAUCGCGUCGCUCUCCAACGCUCUCCAUCCCGUCUCUCUCCAUCGCGUCGCUCUCCAUCCCGUCUCUCUCCAUCGCGUCGCUCUCCAACGCUCUCCAUCCCGUCGCUCUCCGUCGCGUCGCUCUCCAUCCCGUCGCUCUCCAUCAGGUUGCUCUCCAACGCUCUCCAUCGCGUCGCUCUCCGUCGCGUCGCUCUCCGUCGCUCUCCAUCACGUCGCUCUCGCUCUCCAUCCCAUCGCUCUCCGUCGCGUCGCUCUCCAUCCCGUCGCUCUCCAUCAGGUUGCUCUCCAACGCUCUCCAUCGCGUCGCUCUCCAACGCUCUCCAUCCCGUCUCUCUCCAUCCCGUCUCUCUCCAUCGCAUUGCUCUCCAUCCCGUCUCUCUCCAUCCCGUCUCUCUCCAUCGCGUCGCUCUCCGUCCCGUCUCUCUCCAUCCCGUCGCUCUCCAUCCCGUCUCUCUCCAUCGCGUCGCUCUCCAACGCUCUCCAUCCCGUCUCUCUCCGUCGCGUCUCUCUCCAUCGCGUCGCUCUCCAACGCUCUCCAUCGCGUCGCUCUCCAACGCUCUCCAUCCCGUCGCUCUCCGUCGCGUCGCUCUCCAUCCCGUCGCUCUCCAUCAGGUUGCUCUCCAACGCUCUCCAUCGCGUCGCUCUCCGUCGCGUCGCUCUCCGUCGCUCUCCGUCACGUUGCUCUCCAUCGCGUCGCUCUCCAACGCUCUCCAUCCCGUCUCUCUCCAUCCCGUCUCUCUCCAUCCCGUCUCUCUCCAACCCGUCGCUCUCAUCCCGUCUCUCUCCAUCCCGUCGCUCUCCAUCCCGUCUCUCUCCAUCCCGUCGCUCUCCAACGCUCUCCAUCGCGUUGCUCUCCGUCGCGUCGCUCUCCAACGCUCUCCAUCGCGUCGCUCUCCAACGCUCUCCAUCCCGUCUCUCUCCAUCCCGUCUCUCCAACGCUCUCCAUCCCGUCGCUCUCCAGCGCUCUCCAUCCCGUCUCUCUCCAUCCCGUCGCUCUCCAACGCUCUCCAUCGCGUCGCUCUCCAACGCUCUCCAUCCCGUCGCUCUCCAUCACGUCGCUCUCCAUCGCGUCGCUCUCAUAACACUCUCCAUCGCGUCGCUCUCCGUCCCGUCGCUCUCCAUCGCGUCGCUCUCCGUCGCUCUCCAUCCCGUCUCUCUCCAUCCCGUCGCUCUCCAUCCCGUCUCUCUCCAUCCCGUCUCUCUCCAUCGCGUCGCUCUCCAUCUCGUCUCUCUCCAUCGCGUUGCUCUCCAUCCCGUCUCUCUCCGUCGCGUCGCUCUCCGUCGCUCUCCAUCCCGUCGCUCUCCAACGCUCUCCAUCGCGUCGCUCUCCAACGCUCUCCAACGCUCUCCAUCCCGUCUCUCUCCAUCGCGUCGCUCUCCAUCCCGUCUCUCUCCAUCGCGUCGCUCUCCAUCCCGUCUCUCUCCAUCCCGUCGCUCUCCAACGCUCUCCAUCGCGUCGCUCUCCAACGCUCUCCAUCGCGUCGCUCUCCAACGCUCUCCAUCCCGUCUCUCUCCAUCGCGUCGCUCUCCAUCCCGUCUCUCUCCAUCCCGUCGCUCUCCAACGCUCUCCAUCGCGUCGCUCUCCAUCGCGUCGCUCUCCAACGCUCUCCAUCCCGUCUCUCUCCAUCCCGUCGCUCUCCAACGCUCUCCAUCGCGUCGCUCUCCAACGCUCUCCAUCCCGUCUCUCUCCAUCCCGUCGCUCUCCAACGCUCUCCAUCGCGUCGCUCUCCAUCGCGUCGCUCUCCAACGCUCUCCAUCGCGUCGCUCUCCAACGCUCUCCAUCGCGUCGCUCUCCAACGCUCUCCAUCCCGUCUCUCUCCAUCGCGUCGCUCUCCAUCCUGUCUCUCUCCAUCCCGUCACUCUCCAACGCUCUCCAUCGCGUCGCUCUCCAACGCUCUCCAUCCCGUCUCUCUCCAUCCCGUCGCUCUCCAACGCUCUCCAUCGCGUCGCUCUCCAACGCUCUCCAUCCCGUCUCUCUCCAUCGCGUCGCUCUCCAUCCUGUCUCUCUCCAUCCCGUCACUCUCCAACGCUCUCCAUCGCGUCGCUCUCCAACGCUCUCCAUCCCGUCUCUCUCCAUCCCGUCGCUCUCCAACGCUCUCCAUCGCGUCGCUCUCCAACGCUCUCCAUCCCGUCUCUCUCCAUCGCGUCGCUCUCCAACGCUCUCCAUCCCGUCGCUCUCCAACGCUCUCCAUCGCGUCGCUCUCCAACGCUCUCCAUCCCGUCUCUCUCCAUCCCGUCACUCUCCAACGCUCUCCAUCGCGUCGCUCUCCAACGCUCUCCAUCCCGUCUCUCUCCAUCCCGUCGCUCUCCAACGCUCUCCAUCGCGUCGCUCUCCAACGCUCUCCAUCGCGUCGCUCUCCAACGCUCUCCAUCCCGUCGCUCUCUGUCCCGUCGCUCUCCGUCGCGUCGCUCUCCGUCGCGUCGCUCUCAUAACGCUCUCCGUCCCGUCGCUCUCCGUCCCGUCGCUCUCCAACACUCUCCAUCGCGUCGCUCUCCGUCGCUCUCCAUCCCGUCACUCUCCAAUGCUCUCCGUCUCUCUCCAUGACGUCACUCUCCGUCGCUCUUUCAAUCGCUCUGCGAUCUGAUUCUUCUAACUGAGAAGUUGCUUUGAGGCGGCCGUUGCCCGGUACCGCUUCAGAACCGAACCCGGUUCCACUGGACUCGUGGUUCCUUCUCACUGUUCAAAUUCAUGAACAGAAACAGUCUGAUGACUCAGCAGUCUCCAGGCGGAUUGGAGGAGGAGGAGGGGCUUGUUGGCAUGGAGGGAACAAUCAAAUCAUCUGGGAUGGAAACAAAACGAAGGAGAUGACUUCAUUAGAACAGGGCUAAAGGUCAAAUCCUGUUUCCAUCACGGAGAAGAAGUGGAGCAAAAGAAAAAUUCAUCUGGAAAGAAUAGAACCAGAACCAGGGACCUGAAGAGGCCCAACACCUGGAGGCCGGUUCUGGGGAUUACUGUGGAAGUUCUGGCCACAGUAAUCCGGUGAAGAUGAAGACCAUCAUCCUCUUCAUCAGAUCGUCUUCAGUCAGAGGCUCCUUCAGAUUGGCUGUAACACAGACUGCUACAGGAGACCCACCUGGAAAAUUAAUGAUUUACUCCAUUUAAUUUCUCUUUGGGAUCAACACAGCGGUCCGAUCGGUUCUGGUCGGUCCGGUAAAUCGGGUUAAUAUAACUGCUACCUGUUAUAUUAUCAGGCAGCCCAACAAGGAGUAAGUGUUGAGGUCAAAGGUCGUGUCUGACCAGUAUAGUCCGUAUCUGUGGUUCUGUCUGGGCCCAGCCGGGUCCAGAAGAUAAGUUGUGGAAAACGUCCCGGUGGUUCUGACGUCAUAACUUCAUUUCAUUAAAGGCCCUGCAGCAGGCGGCAGAGGUCACAGGUCAAAGUCUCUUGUUGCCGUGGUUUCCUGACCUGAAGCUGGAUGUCAUGAUUUCUUGGCAGAUAAAAUAAAUUAAAACUAGACGUGGCCUUUCAGCCGGCUGCUAAAAAACAAGGAAAAUUUCACUUUUCCACUGGAUAAAAUCCAACAUGUUUGAAAAAUCCCAGUUAGUGAUAAUCUCUGAUUCCAUAUUUAUAGAUCCAGUGAUGUGCAAUGAGGCUCUGGCGUAAUCAUAUUUAUUUAAACCCCUCCAUGUUGUUUUCAUUCGCAGACUUAGCGCAUAGAAACACUUUUACACAAAAUGUUUUAUCCGUGUCGUAACAAAAAGUGGUUAAGGUGCAGCAAAAGGAAUAUUUAUUGGAUUGUGAAAGUCAGUUUCAGUGGCAGCAGAGCACCACACCCAGACACAGAGUGGACCCCAAAGGUCGAAUGUUGCACCCAGCUCAUACGGGCCGGGCCAUAACGGCGGCAGAACAAUUCAUUUAACUCAAUGAAACUUGGAAAUGUAGGUUUUAUUAAUUUAGUGCUAUGCUCCACAGCAAAGACAAAAUGAAUCAGAAAAACUGUUGAAGUACAACUCAAAACCGCUUCUUCUCGCCUGCUGUGUCAGCUACCCUACACGCAGACUCGUUUCCGUGGCAACUGAUAACAACACCGCUUUAUGUUUCUAAAUCCAGCAAGAAAAAAACACUCAAAUAUUUCUAACUCAGCAUAAAACAUUCAGUCUGGGUUAAUUAGGCUUAAACAUUAGGCUUAGUGAUUAUUAAUAAGUGGUCGCUGUGGUAGAUUGUAGCUACCGCUGCUAUUAGCUAAGCUAACAUAGCUGUGGUAGAUUGUAGCUACCGCUGCUAUUAGCUAAGUUAACAUAGCAGUUUGCUGGUUAGAUUUCUUUUCUACAUUUUUUUACACAUAUCAGCUGUAGCCACAAAACACACAUUUCAUUAGAAAACUAAUAAACUCAUGCGCAAAAAUAUUUCUAGUAAAAGUCCUCCUUAUUUCCCUUCAGCUUUAAAGGUCUCUCUGUCUCGGCAGAGAUUGCUGUCAGGGAAGCUCCAGCUGUUUGUUUUGAGUCUUUUCGGUGCCGAGCUUCUCUGACAUCGUUAGCUGAAACAAUGACAACUAGCUGGAGCAGCUUUGUCGCAUCAGGAACAGCUGAUAGUAUAGAAAUGUAGUCAUCCAUGUUGACAUUGAAAGAGGCGAUAAUGAAUAUAUCACUGCACUUUACUUACUGAAUGUCUGGGAUCAUGAGCGCCCCCUGCCAUGAGGCCAGAGAACUGCCUGCCUCACCUCCAAUCUGUUCUCUGGUUUCUGAUCGCUGCUCAGCACAGAAACACGUCACACACAGCUGGUGACAAAAACACUGAACAUUAUGUAUAUUAGCUAAAUUAUGGAAAAUCAGUUUAUAUAUUAAAUGUUUUUAACCAUUUUAUUGGCGACGUUCAGACAGGAGGAGCAUGGAAUAGCAGCCAGUGCAGUUAGCCAGAGGCUCAGGCUCAGAUCCCUGCUGCCUCACCCGCUUCACUUCCCAGCAUUUGAAUAGGAAAUUGCUAAAAAUGCAGCAAUUUUAAAGAAAAAUUAUGCAAAUUAGUAAAGCUAAAUACUAGCUUCACCUAUGUACUAUUAAGUACUAUAAAUUAUUCAUAGUACAAACCCCUGGGCAAAUAUUGCAAUUUAAAUAAUUUUAUCAUUACGUAUUAUUUUGCAGCCUCACCUGCCUCCCUAACUGCACGUCACUGCAUAGGUUAUAUAUUUAAACGUAAACCGACUGUCAGAUUCAUCCUGAAACAGCAAAGAUUUUACAUCUGCAAGCAAACAGGAACACUGAGUUAACUGAAGUAGCUAAUACUAGCUCAGAAUAAGUAAUAAAUCCAAAUGCUUCUGCUGGGCUUUGUCUUAUAUUAAAGUGAGCAAAAAGUGAUAUAUAUUUAGUAUUAUAUGUAAUUUUCAGCCUACAAGAGAAAAUCUGUAGUUCUGUCCGAUUAGCUAGCUGAGCAGCUAGCCUUUAACCCAGUGUUUCCCAACCCUGGUCCUCCAGACUCACUGCCCUGCAUGUUUUAGGUAUUUCC